GUGGUGGCUGAUGCACUUUCAAGGAGGUACACUUUACUUUCCAUGCUUGACGCUAGACUUUUAGGCUUCGAACAUGUGAAAGAAAUGUAUGCUAAUGAUGAUGACUUUGGGAAAGUGUUUGCCUUUUGUGAACAUGCUGCAUAUGAUAAAUUCUAUAGGCAUAAUGGUUUCUUGUUUAGGGAAAAUAAAUUAUGUGUGCCUAAAUGCUCAAUUAGAGAGUUGCUUGUUAAAGAAUCACAUGCUGGUGGUUUAAUGGGACAUUUUGGGGUUGCAAAGACCUUAGAAAUUUUAAAGGAACAUUUUUAUUGGCCACACAUGAAGAGGGAUGUAGAGAGAGUGUGUGCUAGAUGUGUGACUUGCAUGAAGGCAAAGUCCAAAGUAAGGCCGCAUGGUCUAUACAUGCCAUUGAGUGUUCCUAGUGAACCUUGGGUAGAUUUAUCCAUGGAUUUCAUUUUGGGUUUACCUAGGACAAAGAAAGGCCAUGAUAGUAUUUUUGUUGUUUUUGAUCGUUUUUCCAAGAUGGCUCAUUUUAUACCAUGUCACAAGACUGACAAUGCAUCUUACAUUGCUUCUUUGUUCUUUAGGGAGAUAGUUAGAUUGCAUGGCAUUCCUAGAACAAUUGUUAGUGAUAGGGAUGUGAAAUUUCUAAGCCAUUUUUGGAAAGUCUUGUGGGGAAAAUUAGGAACCAAACUUUGUUUCUCCACCACUUGCCAUCCACAAACGGAUGGGCAAACAGAAGUUGUCAAUAGGACCGUGGGCACUCUUCUACGUGCAAUGAUUAAACAAAACUUGAAAGCUUGGGAGGAGUGCAUACCAUUCAUAGAAUUUGCAUACAACAGGUCUAUGCAUUCAUCUACUGGUUAUUCACCCUUUGAACUUGUAUAUGGUUUUAACCCACUAACUCCUUUAGAUUUGUUGCCUUUGCCUACUAAUGAGCUUGCUAGUUUAGAUGGCAAAAGGAAAGCUGAAAUGGUGAAACAAAUGCAUCAACAAGCAAAGCAACAAAUGGAGAAAGUAAAUGAGAGGAGGGCAGCCCAAGCUAACAAGGGGAGAAAGAAGAUGGUGUUCCAACCUGGUGAUCUUGUAUGGGUUCACUUGAGAAAGGAGAGGUUUCCUACACAAAGGAAAUCCAAACUUCAGCCUAGGAGUGAUGGACCUUUUGAAGUGCUAGAGAGAAUUAAUGACAAUGCAUACAAGAUAAACCUUCCAGGUGAGUAUGGUGUAAGUGCUACAUUUAAUGUGACUGAUCUUGCUCCUUUCUAUGCAGAUGAUGACAAUUCGAGGACGAAUUCUUUCGAAGAGGGAGAGGAUGAUGAGGAACCGGUUGCACCAAUUCCACAUCAAGGGCCAAUAACUAGAGCAAUGGCUAAGAAGCUUCAAGGCUUGGUGCAUAAGCACAUCACCAAGUCCAACCUCUUGCAAGAAUUCGGUUUGGACAUGGAAGAGAGAAGCCAACCUUGCUGUGAAGAUAGGGCUACAGGUGUUGGUGUGAUUGGUGGAACACGAGCUAUUAAGGACUGUAGGAUAGGGUUUGCUUCUUCUUACUGUUGCUCUCCAGGUUGUCGGGAUGUUUCUCCUUACUGUGAUGGAUGGGAUGGCUCUCUUUAUUAUUGUGGCCUUACUCUUAGUAUAAUUUCGCCAUUUUCAUCCACCAAGAAGCACCAGUCUCCUACCCUUUUACAUAAUCCCAUUGAUAUAACAAUGGUUAUAUUGAUCCUUGUUGUCCCUGUAAUGGAGCGUAACCUCAUAUGGGCGGUAUUGUCCACCUUGUUCAAGAAUUGCAUUGUGUUUAUUUUUGUGAUUGGGAUUUUUGAGUUGAGAUUGUUGAGUUCCUUUAAAGAACUAAAGGAGAGAACUAAGCGAGGAAAAAGGCAUAGAGAGUUUGAAAGGAUGAAUGUGGUGUUUGGUGACAUUGUGGAUAGGCUUGAAACGUUGGAGAAUGGGGAGAGACCGAAUGAGAGUAGGCAAAAUAAAAGAAAUCCUACACCUCGUGUAGUUAAUUCUGAGGAUGAUAAUAUGGGAUUUGAGAAAGAUAGGCCUAGAAGGGAUAGGUAUGAGAGAAGAUAUCAUGAUAAGAGAAAUAAAGAUAGAAGACCAAGAAGGGAGGAUAGAGGAAGAGAUAGGAUAAAUGAUAAUAUAAGGAGUAUAAAAAUGAAAAUACCUUCCUUCUAA